UUUCCGUUUAUACAGGAAGUAAAUGCUAAGCAAUUCGCGUGACAAACUGCACCAGACACACGGUUUAAAGGCGAUUUAAAUUGUGUCAUUUGAUUCGUAAAUUGUGCAAUUGAAUAUUUGAAGAUUAACAACCUUUUAAUCUAGAAGAUUGUGCAUUUGGUGUUUGAACCAACUGGAUGUUGAGUGUGCGGGCUCUGUUUAGGAUUGGGUUCCUUGUGACAUUAAGGGCAACCACAGUCCUCUCCCGCAGGAGGGCAUGUCCAUUGGUCAGUGUGACGAAUAGUCUAUAUAAGGAGUGCUUCAGUGGACAAGUGUCCACCAUGGCCCAGUCCAUAAAAUACCUUGGGCAGGAGGAGGCUCAACAAAUUGACGAGGAGUUGUUCUCAGAGUAUGGCUUCAGUGUGGACCAGCUGAUGGAGCUGGCUGGGCUCAGCUGUGCUACAGCAAUCACCAGGGCCUACCCCACCAGCUCUCUGGUCAAAGCCAGACCCUCUUUGCUUGUGAUUUGUGGCCCAGGUAACAAUGGAGGAGAUGGCCUGGUCUGUGCCAGACAUCUCAAACUCUUUGGUUAUGCACCCACCAUACUGUACCCAAAGAGGCCAAACAAACUGUUGUUCCAGGGUCUGACCACCCAGUGUGAGAAGAUGGACAUCCCUUUCCUAACUGAAAUGCCUGAGGCAAUGGUGGUCGACGAGGCUUACAACCUGGUGAUAGACGCCAUCUUUGGCUUCAGCUUCAAGGGUGCAGUGCGGGAGCCUUUUGGCUCCAUCCUGGACGUGCUGAAGAAGACAACUGUACCCAUAGUUAGUAUUGACAUCCCCUCAGGUUGGGAUGUGGAGCAGGGCAGCACAGAUGGACUCCAGCCAGACAUGCUAAUCUCCCUGACUGCCCCUAAGAAGUCAGCAAAACACUUCUGUGGACGCUACCACUAUCUGGGCGGACGUUUUGUGCCUCCUGCCAUGGAGAAGAAGUACCAGCUCAACCUUCCUCCGUACCCCAAUACUGACUGUGUGUACCAGCUGCAGUAGUGCCAACCAGUGAUGUGUGUGUGUAUAUGUAAAAAAUAAAGAUUGGUGGUAAAUGUUGUUCGCAGUGAGUAAAGUAAUGCUCCCAUGUAUGUGCGUUUACCCUCCGCUACACCACUGGUGUCAGCUGUAUAGGCGAAAGGCUGUGUAAGUACACUUGGGGUUUGAAAGGUUAUCAACGUCAGUGGAUCCAUUAGGAAUUGGAUGAGAUUUUUAUGUACUGUUUGCACAAAAGGUUAUAUAAAUGACUGGGUCUUUUGCUGUUUCAGUUUGAUUGAAAUGUUUUGGCAUUCUUAUAAGAGUUUGGAUGGACAGCUAUAAUUGCAGUCUGUUAUUUAAAUAUUAAAAAUGUUGAGUUUGAUAUUAUAAAUGGUCAAUCUUCAAUUAAUCGUAUUUGUCAUUGUUAUCACUUAACAUUGUAAAUUGUAGGUAUAUGUCUUAAUAAAAUGUACAUCUAGCAAGACCAAUCGAGCUGAGAAGACAGUUUAUCAUAGUCGAUCACAUUCUAUUAUAAAUACCAUUUGAAGUUUAGUAUAUUUCAUGAUGAUUGUGCAUAAUUUAUAAGACAUACAACAGGGGGAGUGGAUGGAUGGAUUGAUUACAGUUUUUUUUCUUUUUCGCAUUGGUGCAAUUUUCAGUUAUGGGGUGAAUUUAAAAACUCAAACUGAUAACACUUGUAAUACCCUCUCUUAUGUUCAAAACAUUUUAUUGUGCAUUAAUAAAUUGGAGCUUCACACAUUUCA